UGAAGCCGGCGCCAACGAUGACGCGAAUCACAUGCGACCGCUGCGUGUUGGUUUGGAAUGGGCUUGUUUUUACAUUUUCCUUGCGAUAUAAACCGUUUUUUUCUGCACUAAACCCACGAAAUGGACAGUCGGCUGCAGGAAAUCCGCGAGAAACAGAAGCUAAGACGACAGCUUCUUGCACAGCAGCUGGGAGCAGAAAGUGCGGACGCUAUCGGCGCCGUUCUCAACAGCAAACAGGAGCAAAAAGAGAUCGAGGAGACCAGAGAGACAUGCAGGUCGUCGUUUGACACUACGGCGUCCGGCUCCAAGAGGAAAUGCCAGAACGAGGGAGAGGACGCAGACGAAGAUGUUGAGGAGCAGAGGGAGGACUCGGAGCCUCAACAGCAGGAGGACAGCGGCCCGUUUGAAGAGGUCUACAAGGACUCCAGCACGUUUCUGAAGGGGACACAGAGUCUGAACCCUCAUAACGAUUACUGCCAGCAUUUUGUGGACACGGGCCACCGACCGCAGAACUUCAUCAGAGAUGUGGGAUUGGCUGACCGAUUCGAGGAGUACCCCAAACUUCGAGAGCUCAUCCGGCUCAAAGACGAGCUCAUCUCUACUACAAACACACCACCCAUGUACCUGCAGGCUGAUCCGGAGAACUUUGACCUGCGCGACCUAAAGUGUAAAUUUGACGUGAUUCUGCUGGAACCUCCUUUAGAAGAGUAUUACAGAGAGUCAGGCAUCAUCGCCAGCGAACGCUUCUGGACCUGGGACGACAUCAUGAAGCUGGAGAUCGACGAGAUUUCGGCUCUGCGUUCUUUCGUCUUUCUCUGGUGCGGCUCAGGAGAAGGGCUAGAUCUCGGCAGGAUGUGUUUGAGGAAAUGGGGGUUCAGGAGAUGUGAGGACAUCUGCUGGAUCAAGACCAACAAGAACAACCCGGGAAAGACCAAAACUCUGGACCCCAAAGCAGUGUUCCAGAGGACGAAGGAGCACUGCCUGAUGGGUAUUAAGGGCACGGUGCGGCGCAGCACCGACGGUGACUUCAUCCACGCCAACGUGGACAUUGAUCUGAUCAUCACAGAGGAGCCGGAGAUGGGCAACAUCGAGAAGCCUGUGGAGAUUUUCCACAUCAUCGAGCACUUCUGCCUUGGACUCAGACGCCUUCAUCUGUUCGGCAGAGACAGUACCAUCAGGCCAGGCUGGUUAACUGUCGGACCCACGCUGACCAACAGCAACUUCAAUGCCGAAGCCUACUCCUCCCACUUCUCCAACUCCCACCUUUCCGGCUGCACAGAGGACAUUGAAAGGCUCCGCCCCAAAUCUCCGCCCCCAAAGCCCGAGGGGUGCAGGGGGGCUCCAAGAGGGGGUCGAGGCGGAGUGGCAGGGGGGCGGGGUGAACGUGGCCGAGACAGGAACCGACCCAACUUUCGUGGGGAGCGGGGAGGGUUCAGGGGGCGUGGGGCACCUCACCGUGGGUUUCCUCCCAGAUAAAUUCUUUUUUUUUUAGUGAGUUUAAAAUUCACAAAUUGUUUUUUAAAUAAAAAUCAUGGCACAUAGCUGAUAUAUAUUUUUAACUGAUCGACGUAUUAUUGCCACCACCCUCUUUUUUUUUCUUUUCUUUUUUUUUUUUUCUUCUUCUUCUUCCAGAUCAUACGGUAAAUAUGACACAGAUUGUAUUUUAUUUUCCCACAUCUUUGGUUUUAAGAAGUAAAAUAAGGACUUUUUGCUGCUGUUGGAUCUGAUUUUAUAAGUCUUAGAAAAAAAAAGAAGAAAAGUCAUGUAUGCUUCAUUUCUGCUCAGGAAUUAGCGUUGGGUCUGAGAGAAAUAUUAAAGCCCCUGCGAUCAGACAUCAUGUGCAUAAAAGACUGUCUUCUUUCAUCUAUUUCUCUAUAAAACGACUUUUAAAAGUGUUUAUUUUUAUGAACAUAAAUUUACUGCUUUUCUUUCUGGAUAUCAGUCGAUGUGCCUGUAAGAUGUUGAACUUGUCAUUCCUUGUGGUAAUAAAUAUACCCAUUUUGCAUA